CAGGAAGAUGAACAGAACUUAACAGCACUUUAGGACUUGACUUCUGAUGGGCUGGAUCUUUUCUUGGCAGGAGUUUUUGAAGAUUCAUGCAGUGAAAGAAGAAACAGCCAAUGGCUUCAGAAUCCAUGGUGCCAGAGCAGGCAAAACAACAUCUGGUAAAGGGAAAAAGGCGGCAGCAGCAGCAGCAGCAGCAGCAGCAAACUAGGUCUUCCAACAGUGAUGGUGAAGAUGACAUCUUUGUAUUUGAAGCAAAUGAGGCUUGGAAAGAUUUUCAUAGCUCUCUUCUUCACUUCUUUGAAGCUGGAGAGCUCUGCGAUGUUACACUGAAGGUUGGUUCAAAGCUUAUCUCCUGCCACAAACUGGUGCUAGCUUGUGUUAUACCUUACUUCAGAGCCAUGUUUCUUUCGGAAAUGGCUGAAGCCAAGCAGACAUUGAUUGAGAUCAGGGACUUUGAUGGAGAUGCAAUAGAAGACCUAGUGAAGUUUGUGUACUCCUCCCGGCUUACUCUGACGGUGGAUAACGUCCAGCCUCUCUUGUAUGCUGCUUGCAUUCUUCAGGUGGAACUGGUAGCAAAGGCAUGCUGUGACUACAUGAAGCUGCACUUCCAUCCCUCCAACUGCCUGGCAGUCAGGGCAUUUGCAGAGAGUCAUAACCGCAUUGACUUGAUGGACAUGGCUGAUCAGUAUGCUUGCGAACAUUUUACAGAAGUGGUGGAGUGUGAAGACUUUGUGAGCAUGUCACCACAGCACCUCCAUAAACUCCUGUCCUCCAGUGACCUGAAUAUUGAAAAUGAAAAGCAAGUUUACAAUGCUGCUAUCAAGUGGCUGCUAGCCAAUCCACAGCAUCAUGCUAUGUGGCUGGAUGAAAUACUUGCGCAGGUACGGCUGCCUCUCUUGCCCAUUUGUUUCCUUAUGGGUGUUGUGGCAAAGGAAGAGAUUGUCAAGCAGAAUCUAAAAUGUAGGGAUUUGCUGGAUGAAGCAAGAAACUACCACCUUCACCUGAGCAGCAGGGCAGUGCCAGACUUUGAGUACUCCAUUCGCACAACACCAAGGAAGCAGACUGCUGGUGUGCUGUUCUGUGUUGGUGGUAGAGGUGGAUCAGGUGAUCCAUUUCGCAGCAUUGAAUGUUACUCUAUCAGCAAAAACAACUGGUUCUUCGGCCCUGAAAUGAACAGCAGGAGAAGGCACGUGGGUGUGAUCUCUGUGGGAGGUAAAGUCUAUGCAGUAGGUGGGCAUGAUGGAAAUGAACACUUAGGAAGCAUGGAAGUAUUUGAUCCUCUCACAAACAAGUGGAUGAUGAAGGCAUCAAUGAACACAAAGAGGAGAGGAAUUGCUCUUGCCUCCCUUGGUGGCCCCAUUUAUGCAAUAGGAGGUUUAGAUGACAACACUUGCUUCAGCGAUGUGGAAAGAUAUGACAUUGAUUCUGAUCGAUGGAGUGCAGUUGCCCCAAUGAACACUCCCAGGGGAGGAGUCGGCUCUGUAGCCCUUGUGAACCAUGUUUAUGCUGUGGGUGGCAAUGAUGGUGUAGCAUCUCUUUCCAGUGUGGAGAAAUAUGAUCCCCAUUUGGAUAAGUGGACAGAAGUGAAAGAGAUGGGUCAGCGAAGAGCUGGCAAUGGUGUCAGCGAGCUCCAUGGCUGCUUGUAUGUUGUUGGUGGCUUUGAUGACAACUCUCCACUGAGCUCAGUGGAGCGGUUUGACCCACGCAGUAACAAAUGGGAAUAUGUAGCAGAGCUUACAACUCCGAGGGGUGGCGUUGGCAUAGCGACACUGAUGGGUAAAAUUUUUGCAGUUGGAGGUCAUAAUGGCAACACGUACCUGAAUACAGUGGAAGCGUUUGAUCCCAUAGUGAAUAGAUGGGAACUCGUCGGCUCUGUGUCACACUGCAGGGCAGGGGCAGGCGUGGCUGUGUGCUCUUGUCUCAGCAGCCAGGUCCGGGAUGUGGGCCAAGGAUCCAGCAACGUUGUUGACUGCAUGUGAGCUCUGCUGCCUCCUCCAAAUUCCAG